AUGAGCAUUUUUGACAAUGGAACGCUUCUGCUGAAUAACAUAUUGCAGAGUAAUUUUGUUGGAUUAUCUGGUCAAAUGAAAUUUGAGCCAGAUCGGUCUCUCGUUCAUCCUGCCUAUGGCGUCCUUAAUGUGGUUGGAACUGGCCUUAGGAGGAUUGGUUACUGGUCCAACUAUUCAGAUGCCCCUCCUGUCAAAGAUUUCCUUGAAACUCACCCAGGUGCUUACACAACAUCACAUACUCACAACAAUGCUUCGUGGUUGUUAUUUUGGGAAAGGCACAUGAAAAGACUUUCAGAAUCUAUACAAGUUCUAUCAAAUUUCGCUCCACAGCUUCUAUUUAAAUCUAAUAAUUCUGCAGUUUUGUCACGAUCAUUAGCAACCUUGCCAAUAUGGCAACCCACUGUGCAGAUGCUUGUUGAUGAUUCAAUAUGCAAGGUCUUGCCAAUUGCUCUAAAAGAAAGAAAUGAUUGUGAGGAGCUGGGCAUUACAACUCUUGUUAGUGGUAAUUUCGAGGAAUUAGAUGCAUGUGAAACUGUCAGCGAGGAAAGCGUGAGUAAAAUUCUCGAUGUGCAUAUGCAUAUUGAGACUUAUGUACCUCCUACAUUUGAUUGGGUUUGGGAUUCAAAUGAUGGGAAGGCCCUGGGUGAUUAUAGAAAUAAAUACUCUAUUGAAGUACAAACAGCUCCUAUCAGCGAUGGUGUUCUUCCAGGAACAAUACGCCAACUAGUGCUUGAGAUAUGCAGGAGUGAAGGAAUUCCAUUUCGAGAAGUUGCUCCAUCAUGGUCAGAAUAUGAAAUCUGGGAGGAGGCAUUCAUCACUAAUAGCUUGAGGCUUUUGCAACAUGUGGACAGUAUUCAGGUACCAACAGAAUGGAAAUCAGCCCACCAUUCUAAAACUUGGAAGGAUAUAUCAUGGACCAAGGAUGAUCACAACUGUUAUCCAGGAAAAGAUUAUGGAGAAAGCAGUUCUGGAAGGAUACCCAAUAAGUAA